UACCGAUGGGCAGCGAGUUCUCGGAAGGGGAAUCUCAAGUGAGCAGUCGGAGUCGUUCAGAAGCGGAACUCGUGUCUGCUGACAGGGCGCUCAUCGGAGCUUUCCCUAAUCAUUUAGUUUCUUCGAAACUCGGCCUUAUCAACUGACAUCUGAAACUCGCAGUAUCAGCUGGAGCGCUGAAUCCGCUUUUAACGCCUGCUUUUCUCGAAUUGAGAGUAAAUGGUAAAUAAAAGUGUGCAUCUGACAACGCAUUGGAAAAUGAUAGCAUUAUUGAAGUGAAAAAGAUUCCCAUUUUGCUUGAGAUCGAAAAAUUGUGAUACCAUGCUACUGCACUGAAAAACGAACCUUCGAACGAACAAUACAUUUAACAUGGAAUCCGAAACAAAUGCCGAGAGCUCUCGAAGUUCGACUCUGAGUGACGACAGUAAGUCGGAAAUGCCAAAAUUACUAAAAGCUGUCAAUUUGAAGACUCCACAAAUGAAGGAAUCUAAAACAGAUAUACCGGAGACCGGUAAAAGAGAGACCCCUGAGCUUAUAUCUAACUUUUCCGUGGCAUCUUUGCUGGCAGGAACCAAAUCCAACUCUCCCAGGCCAACUUUGUGGAGUCCGACGGAACUUUAUAUCGGAUCCUUGUCAGAUCCUUCACAUUUUCAGUCCCAUCCAGAGACUAAUCUCAAAUCCCAAGAUGGAAGUGAAGCGAUGAUGCCUGUUACCAUCUCCGGUUCUGAACUGUACCUGAUGGACAGGAUCUUAGACGUCCAUGCAUCUCAUCCUGGUUACCUCAGUCCGCAUCAUUCGAGACUCCCUCAUCCGAUGUCAGGCGUGUGGACUACUAGGACGCACGUGGCUGGACAACGGACUCUAGGACCACCCUCAGGCACACCUAACCAAUGGGCUGCUGCGAUGUCGCUACAUGCCGGUAAUGCACAAGCAGGUUCUGAAGGCGCAUCGCCCAAAGCAGCCCCUUUAACUUGCCACCUGAGGAGGCACAAAAGCAACCGCAAACCAAGGACUCCUUUCACUACUCAACAACUCUUAGCGCUGGAGCGGAAGUUUCGCUCCAAACAGUACCUUUCGAUUGCUGAGAGAGCAGAAUUUUCAUCUUCUCUCAAUCUUACAGAAACCCAAGUGAAGAUCUGGUUUCAAAAUCGGAGAGCCAAAGAAAAACGGCUCAAAGAAGCCGAAAUCGAAAAACUGCGCAUGGCGUCCAGACCCUAUCCGACACUACCUUCUCCACUGCAAAUACAGCACGGAGGACCUCUUGCCGGUCUACCAUCUGCAGUUGCAAAUGCCUUUCUUUCUCCAAUAGUAUCUGGCGUUGGUGCUUAUGGGAAAAUUCCUAGUUCAACUAUCCUGCAACCCUACUGUAUACCAUCCUCAGCUCAAAUGACAGGACUCACAUUAUGUCCCAGGUGACGCCAUAUUUUAAUUUAAAAACUUCAGAAACUUUGUCCUCGGAGAACUUGUUUUGUGAAAAUCGAUUGUUGAACAUUUUGAGAGGCUUGAAACAUAUUACUAUAUGUAAUCAAUCUCUCAGUACUGUAAAUAUAUGAAGUGGCUUUAAUUGUUAUGUAUUUGAAAUCGAACUGUCUGCUAGAUUGUUAAAUGGAGCCAUGAAAAGACAAAUCACCCAGUCUUUCAUGAUUGUAUACCAAAAGUUAAAUGAACUAAAAAUACAUUUUAUUAAAACAACAGCAUUUCAAUGCUUAAGUCAGAAAAAAAUGUUUCAAGAAUGAAAUUCAUUGCACAAUCAAUCAAAUUUUUUCAGCCCUCAGUGUGUCUCCGAUUUGGGUAAGUAAGCUUCAGAAAAGACUUUGUUUUACUGAAUAGGCUGAAGAUUUUUAUAUGCAAAAGGCUCCAGAAACCAGAUGUUUGAUUUUUUUUAUCAUGUAAGUAUUGUAACCAAACAGACUUUUAAUUGAUUGUGUUUUUGAAAAGCUAUGUAGAUAGAGACAUAUAAAAAAUCCUCUGUGAAAGAAUUUUUUGUAGUUACUUGGUUUUGAACUGUCUUCGUUU